AUGUUUUAUCGAUGUUUUAAACUUCCAGUCGAUACAGUUUGCCAUAGGAUUGACAUUGAGGACCUUGGAGAGGAUGAAGAGCUAAUAGUUUACAAGUUUUUUCAACAUUUCUGCUGUUAUGACCUCAUUCCCAUUAGUGCUAAACUGGUUGUGUUUGAUACUCAAUUGCCGGUGAAGAAAGCUUUUUUUGCCCUAGUUCAGAAUGGAGUUAGAGCAGCACCUUUAUGGGACAGCACGAGACAGGAAUUUGUUGGAAUGUUGACUAUCACAGACUUCAUUCACAUUCUGAGGACAUAUUACAAGUCACCUCAAACCCAUAUGGAAGAGUUAGAAGAACACAAGUUGGAAACCUGGUUAAAUGUCUUGAAGACUAAAUUAAAACCUCUCUAUACUAUUAGACCUGAAGCAAGUUUAUACGAAGCCAUAAAAACUCUCAUUCAAGGGAAAGUCCAUCGCUUACCUGUGAUAAAUCCUCAUACAGGGAAUGUCUUGUACAUCCUCACACACAAAAGAAUUCUCAAGUUUCUCUUUCUAUAUCUUUUUGAGCUUCCGAGACCAAGCUACCUCAAUCAAACGUUGAGGGAACUCAAAGUAGGAACAUAUGAGAACAUUGCUACAAUCAAAGUGAGCACUCCAGUUAUCUUAGCUCUGAAUCAAUUUGUAGAGAGAAGGGUCUCGGCUUUACCCGUAGUGGAUGACCAGGGGAAAGUAGUGGAUAUAUAUGCAAAAUUUGAUGUUAUCAAUCUUGCAAUUGAAAAAACUUAUAAUAACUUGGACAUAACUGUGAAGAAGGCAUUAGAGCACAGAGAUCAGUGGUUUGAGGGAGUAUUGAAAUGUAAAACAGAUGAUACACUUGGAGUUGUAGUGGAAAGGAUAGUGAGAGCUGAGGUGCACAGGCUAGUAGUUGUUGAUCAAGAUGACCAUGUUGUUGGCAUGGUUUCCCUUUCAGACAUAUUGAAACUGUUCAUACUUCAACCAGCAGGGGAAGAAAAAACUACGAAGAAGGAAGAAUGCCCAUUCAAAAAAGAUACUUUAACAGAGUCAAAUUACAACGAGCAGAGUAAUAGAAUAGAAAAAUGAUGGGCAACAUUAGUUGACUGAUUAUAUUUGAAUAUAUAUAUAUAUAUAUAUUAAUGCUUUUUAAAAUGGACAGUGUUUGAAAUACAUCAUUGCAUUUUGCCAUAAAAAAACUGGCAACCAUUUGCCAAAUAGAUAUUUAAACGUGUUGCAUUUAUUACUGUUGAAUUAAGGCUUAGUUCAUUUUAGUUAAGGAUUCUGUUGUACGCACUAUCUUACAGUAACUAAUAUAGUGUUGCAACUUUGUUCUUUCAUUGGGUGGGUUCUUUUAAAUUAUUUAAUGAAAAUAAAGCCAAGUCUAAACCAUAUAGGGAUAAAAAAAAUCUGUUUAUUUCCUCCUUAACAUUGGCUAGUAUCAGUAUAACUUGUACACAGUUGUAACUUGUAGGCCUAAGUUUAUAAAUGAUGCUCAAACGGAAAUACAAUGUUAAUUGUACAACGACAGACGUAGAAAUAAACGUGUACUAUUUCAUGCUGGUCGAUCACACAAGUGAGUAACGCAAUAACUAACACUUAACUCAAUACUACACUAGAACUAGAUCUUCAAUGGAUGGCUGGAACUAUACCAACUAAAAAUAAAAUAUGCUAAUAUACUACUAAUUUCAAUUCACUGGCCCGCUCGUAUUUAUAUCUGAUGUCUCAUUCUAGUUAUUUAUUGAAGUUACUAGAUUGUUUUUCAAUUAAAUCUAGAAUAUUCUAAGUAUUUUAUGCCUACUCCCACAAAGUUAUUUGAUCUUAACGCCAUCUAGCUAACAUCCGAAUUAAAGCAUUGAUAAUAUAGCCCACAACAAUAGAUUGAAUCAAUACUUUUUCUGUAUCUUACUAGAAGGUAUGUGUGCUUUAAAAUUUUCUUUCAAUAAUUGGAUUUUAAUGUUGUGUUCUAACAUUCUUCGGAUCAAGCUUGUAGUUGCUUACUGGUUUCAUUUAAUGCACUUAUAAAUUUUACUUUAGGCCUAGCUAUGCAAUGUAUCUUAUCGGAGAUGUUUAAUUGAGAAAAGUCAUUUUUUGUCAUAUUCAUACCAGAAAAGCAAACACAAACUUGCAAUUAAUGUUUCUUAGACUUAGAGAUACCACGAUCGAGAAUGAUUUAUUUCUUGGACUUAGGCCUAAACUGUUUUAGAGUUUACUCGGUAGUUGUUCAACUAAGCAAAAUAGUUUUUGUUUAUUUGCUUUUUAUUUCCACGUUAAACAAAUGUUGGUCCUCAUUGUAUAUAAACUGUGUGUAUAUUAAUUAUUGAAAAACUUUGUAUUGUACUUAGAUUGUUUGUUUUUUAUCAAUUAUAGAGCACAAGGAAUUAAACAUCUGUGUAGCACAAUGA